CCCUCUACUCGAGCUUAGCGCGAGCGAGCGCCUGCGCUUCCCAUCGGUGGCUCGGCGCACGACGGCGCCGCCUGGGGGCGAGAUGCGCAGGCGCUGAGUUGGCUUCGGCGCACUGAGUCUCCACGCCUCCGCUGGGCAGCUACCUUCAAGGCUCAAGGUAGAGAACACUCCUGUUUCGAAGGCAAAGGAAUCAAAGUACUCCAGCUUUGGACGCUUCCUGAGCUUGAGAUGCAAACAAAGCAGGUCCCAGUCCUCUGGGCAUGCUUCCUCCUGUGGAAUCUCUACAUCGCCUCCUCCCAGACUGUUUACCCUGGAAUCAAGGCAAGGAUCACCCAGCAUGCACUAGACUAUGGUCUUCAAGUUGCGGUGAAGAUGAUGGAGCAAAUGGCAAAGGAUAUUGUCAUCCCAGAUUUGAAAGGUUCUGAGUCUCUUGAAUUUCUGAAGAUUGACUAUGUAAAGUACAACUUUUCAAACAUAACAAUCAAUGCCUUCUCACUGCCAAAUACCUCACUGGCCUUUGUGCCAGGGGUAGGAAUCCGAGCACUGAGCAACCACGGCACAGCCAACAUCAGCACCAACUGGGAAGUCAAGGCUCCACUUUUCCAAGACUCAGGAGCUGCUGAUCUGUUUCUCUCUGGAAUCUACUUUACUGGCAUCAUUGUCCUCACCCGUAAUGACCUUGGCCACCCAGCCCUGGAACUCCAGGACUGCCAUGCCCAAGUGAGCCAUGCCCAAGUCUCAUUUUCUGGAGGCCUCAGUGUCCUGUAUAACUCCUUUGCUGAGCCCAUGGAGAAGCCCAUUUUGAGGAAUUUAAAUGAAAUGCUCUGUCCCAUUGCCACCAAUGAAGUGGAAGCACUCAGUGUCAACCUCAGCGCACUGGAGGUUUUAACCAAGAUUGACAACUAUACUGUGCUGGAUUGUUCCCUGAUCAGUCCUCCAGAAAUCACUGAGAACUACCUUGACUUGAAUUUGAAGGGUGCUUUCUACCCACUGGAAAGCCUCGUUGACCCUCCCUUCCUACCAGCUCCCUUUGAGCUCCCAAAGAACAGGGACUCCAUGCUCUACAUUGGCAUCUCCGAGUACUUCUUUAAAUCUGCAUCCUUUGCGCACUUUGUAUCGGGGGCUCUUGGUGCCAUGCUGUCCACCAAGGAGAUUUCCAACUAUUUCAGUCAAAAUACUCAAGGAAUUGGCAGUGUGCUCUCCAAGAUUGCAGAGAUCUACGUCUUAUCCCAGCCAUUUAUGCUGCAGAUCAUGGCCACAGGGCCUCCUGUUAUUGACUUACACCCGAACAAUUUCAGCCUGGAGUUCCCUGCUUCUGUUGUCAUGCUCACACAAUUGGAGAACUCCACCAUCAAGCCCAUCGUCUCCAUGGACUUUGUUGCAAGUACCAAUGUUGGCCUGGCUAUUUUGGGACAAAAACUGAUCUGUUCCUUAUCUCUGAACAGAUUCCGCCUCUCUUUGCCAGAGAACAGCCAUAGAGAUGUUAAGGUGGUGAGAUUUGAGAAUAUUCUGUCUUCCAUUCUUCACUUUGGAGUCCUUCCACUGGCUAACACAAAAUUACAGCAAGGAUUUCCUCUUCCCAACCCCUACAACAUCUCCUUCAUCAAUUCAGAUAUUGAAGUGCUUGAGGGUUUCCUUCUGAUUUCUACUGACCUGACACAUGAAACAUCCUCAAAACAACAGCCAAAUCACCACAGUUGGGGGGGUCUGAACCUGGUAAAUGGACCAUGGAGAGGACAGCCAAACCAUUGAUUCCUUGUUCAGAAUCUACCCAGGAACCUUCAGUCCCACAGACACUGUAAACCUGGAAGAUGAAAGCCAUGCAUCCUGGAUAUUAAAGCCCUUAUGAAAGUUUUUUUUUUUCUAGAGCUCUAGGAGCCCUCGAAUGAGGCCAGCUGAGUUAAAAGGCUGAACAGGGACAAGGCAGUAGGAAUGGGAUAUGUGUAUGUGAGCAUGCUGUAUGCCUGUGUUUAUAAUUUGUGGGUAAGAGGGAAGCAUGCAGACCUGACCAGGUGGGUAAAGAGUUUGUCUGUAUUUGCAUUGGAAAAUUUGUGUGUGUGUGUGUGUGUGUGUGCGUGUGUGUGCGUGUGUGUGCGUGUGAAGCCCAUGUCUACUUUUAAGAGACUUUCUUCUUUAGUUGGAUUUUGUGUUUUAUGUUUACUGUUUAAGCAAAGGACAGUUCCUUUGCUUAAUUAAAAUUAUUUUCUAUCAA